CUUUUUUUUUUCCGGCAACACCAAUUAAUGGCAAUUAUAGCAGAGAGUAGUAUGAAAGUGGUUGAAGAUGUAAGCCAUGUAUCUCCUCCGCCAGGCUCCGUUCCCACUACCUCUCUUUCUCUCGCCUUCUUCGACUUACAGUUCCUCGGUUCUUCUCCUUUCCAGCGCCUCUUCUUCUAUGAAUUCCACACACCUUCUUCCUAUUUCAUGCAAACCACAAUUCCCUCUCUAAAAUCAUCUCUCUCCCUCGCCCUGAAACGUUUCUUUCCGUACGCCGGCAACCUCGUGUUCCCUCCGCCUCCUCAAAUCCCUUAUAUUCUCUACACCGACGGUGAUUCCGUGCUGUUUUUCGUCAAUGAAUCCGCCGCCGAUUUCAGCCAUCUCGUAGGCCAUCACCCGCGACAUUUUCAUGAAUUCCAACCUCUUCUCCCGAAACUACCGCCUGCGGUUCCGCCGCUCGAUGGCAUGCAGAAGAAGCCUCUCAUGGCGGUUCAAGUCACCCUGUUCCCCAACCAGGGCGUUUCCAUAGGCGUCAGCUUUAUCCAUGUCGCGGGUGACGGACGAACGCUUGCUCAUUUCAUGAAAUCAUGGGCAUCCCUCCAUCGGUCUCAAGUGGAUUUCGACGAACCGUUACCGGAUUUCGACAGCAGGGGUUCGAUCGAAGACCCUUUAGGACUGGCAUCGUUUUUCUUGAACCAGAAGUGGAGUUUCGAGGAUUUAUCAAACAACCCCAUCGACAAGUUUCAGGUCACUUACAACAUCAAACGGUCACAAGUUGAGUUCUUGAAGGAUCAGGUCAAAAAAAGUUGUAUAUCAGAGACGGAAAUGGAGGCGAUAAGGAUAUCAACGUUCGUAGUGACAUGUGCCUACAUGUGGGUUAGUUUAAUCAAAUUACAAGCUUCACCGGCCGACGACUUAUCCGAUGAGCUUUCUCAUUUCCUCUUCGCAGUAGAUUGUAGACGCCACCUCAAAUUACCUGCAACGUACUUCGGGAACUGUACUAUAGCACGCACUGUAGCAGCUAAGAGAAGUGAGCUAAUCGGAGAAGAUGGGUUUCUGGCGGCGGCAAAGGCCAUUGGAAGAGAAGUUAUGGAAAUUGACAAAGGGCCACUGAAAGGGGCGGAGACGUCACCAGAUAUAUUCAGAACAGAACAUCCUCCUAUUAUGGUUUCAGCAUCGCCGAAAUUCAGAUUGUACGGGGUUGACUUUGGUUGGGGAAGGCCUAGAAAGACCGAGGUAGCCAGCCUUGGGUCAUUGGGAUCACUUUUUUGUUUUCUAUUGCAGAGGGCAGGGAAGAAGAAGGUGGUAUUGAAUUUGGCUUAGCUCUUGCUCCCCAUGAACUGAGUAGCUUCAAUGCUAUUUUUGAUAGCGGGUUACUACAGUAGUUGUAAAUCGCAUUAAG